AUGCAAAAUAACAGCACAACGGAACCUGGACACAGCGGAGGGAACAACCUUGGCGCCUCAAAUUGGGACGACAGCUACACAGCCAGAUUGUUCACACCCCGCCGUGGAGGACCCGUACAAACGCUAAAAACGAAGAGAAAUUCCCAAAAGAUAAGCCCGAUGGAAGACAGCGCUGCGAAGAUCAUCGGCUGCCAUGACAGCCUUCUGACCGACCCCAGGAUCGCCCAGGACUUCAGCGCGGAGACGGAUGAGCUGCUUGCAGAGGCGGAAAACCUCUUCAAGGUGGGCGACGGAGAACUCGCCAUGGAAAAACUCAUCGCGAUGGAAAAAAAAUGCAGACAAGCAUACGACGGAAGCUCAACCAGCAAAAUUGUUCAAUUCAUUCUGAACAAAUACAAACAAGCAGGGGAUUACAAAAAGAUUAACGAGUACCUAGUCUUCUUUAAUAAAAAAAGAGGACAGCUAAAAAAAACCAUCAUCGACAUGAUCAACCUGUGUAAAAUAUGGAUCCCAGAUGUGGAGAGCAAAGCAGAUAAGCUCAGCUUGAUUAACACCCUCUGCACCAUCAGUGAGGGAAAAAUUUUUGUAGAGGUGGAAAGGUCAGAAAUUGUUAGGGUGCUCUCGAAGAUGAAGGAGGACGACGGGAAUAUUGAAGAAGCUGCAAACAUCCUGCAGGACGUACAAGUAGAAACAUUCAUAUCCAUGGGUAAAAGGGAAAAGACAGAAUACAUACUCGAACAGAUGAGACUCGUCUUGUUGAGGAAAGACUUUAUUAGGUGCCAUGUGAUCAGCCGAAAGAUAAACCCAUCACUGUUGAACGCUCCUGAGUUUGCUGACUUGAAAUUAAAAUACUUUAUGUACAUGAUCGAAUAUCAUAUUAAUGAGGAGGCAUAUGCUGAGGUAGCUAAAUGUUAUGAGGAACGAUUCAACACAGAACCCGUUUUGGCAGACCCAAAUUUGUGGGUAGAAGAAUUAAAAUGCUACAUCAUCUUCUUAGCCCUAUCCCCAUUUGAAGAUCAACAAACAAAACUACCCAACCUACUAAAAACAGAAAAAAAAAAAUUAAAAGAAAUACCCGUCUUCCAAAACAUCGUGGAGGAUUUUAUUAACAUGGAUUUGAUUCAGUGGCCUCUUCCCUACCAGGAUGAACUUCUUAACUUUUACAUUUUCAACGACUCUAAAUUUGUGGGUGGAGAAAACAGAUGGAACCUUUUUAAAAAGAAAGUCAUGCACCACAACAUACACGUAAUUUCAAACUGCUACUGCCAGAUAUCUCUUCUUCGCCUCUCCCAACUGCUCCACGCAUCGGUGGAAGACUCAGAAAGCUUCCUCUCUGAAUUGGUCUCGAACAAAAUAUUGAAUGCCAAGAUAGAUCGGCUACAUGGAAUUAUUAAAUUUGGGCAGAAGAAAAAUCCUGAAGUGUUGCUCAACAGCUGGUCUUCGCAGAUUCAUCAGAUCCUUAACCUCCUCGAGGAGUCCUCGCACCUCAUACAAAAAGAACGAAUGCUCCACGAGGCCAAACUCAAGCGCAUGCAGUUGGAGAGUAAAAAUAUGACUCUGUAA